AUGACUUCUAGAUUUGGUAGAAUCAAUAGUAACAUUAUCAAAGAUGUCAUUAGAUUAAAAAUUGAGAUUGCGAAAAGUCUUUUCCAUCUCUAUGCUGUUGCUUGUACUCUUGAUGGAUACACGGCCGAGGAUGAAAAUGUACCGAUUCUCUGGAUUAUUUAUGUGUUAUAG